UUCCAUAAAUCACAGACAAAAGGUCGAUUAGGGUUUUAUGAAAUCUUUCAUUCUCUCUCUGAAAAAUGAAAACUUUUAGAAGAAGAAGAAUUAUUAGAUGAUGACCUCGGUCUAUUUUCCAUUUCUCACCAUACAAACUCUUUCUAUUAUGUGGAAUCCUCCUCACAGUAAAAACAGAUGCAAGAAAUGUAGAGAGAACCAAUUUUCGGGAACUACCCCUGAAAUCUCCAUUCCUAGGGUUCCAGUUCCAUGACUUCUUUGAAUUUGGUGGAUUCAAUGGAGAAUCAACCUCUGAAAUUGGACUGGAACAAGCUUUUGCCUGGAAGAGAUGAUCCUGUUGCAGAGCUAGAGGUUCUAUCAGACUCCAGAGGGAAGAUUAGAGAUGAGACUGUUACAGAGCUGGACAGUCUGUCCAUGUCUAGAGAGAAAGUUGAGAAAAUCACUGAUCAUCAGCUUGAGGAGAAGAUUCAGAGAGUUAAACGCACCCUCUCUACUAGUUUUACAUUGAAGCUUCCUGAUGGCGGUGAGAAGUUUCGCACCAGCCUAAAGAGAUUGGAGGAUGAGAAGGAGCGGAGGAAGAUUCAGCGUUUGAAGAAGGAGGCUGAUGAAUCUGAGAAGUCGAAAAGAAACUCAAUAUUUUUGGAUGCAUUUCUUGACCAUAGGUCCCAACCAUCAACCUCCCUUUCCCAGUCAAUGUCUUCUUCUGGCCUUAUCUAUCAAAAGGUUGAAACAAAGCCAGAUGGUAGUAUUAAUGACAAAGGCAAUGCAUUUGAGAAGGAGUUGGGAUUCUUGGGCCCUAAAGAUCCCAACAGUCUGAGAUCACAAAGAUUGCGGAAACCAAAGGAAUUAUGGCGUACAGUUUCUUCAAAACAAUCACCCUUUGGAUCUCCUUUCAGUUUUUCAAUAGAUGAAGAUAAGCGUAAAUGCCAUGUUGGUGAUCGUAAGGGUAUUACUUCUUCCAGAUCUUCUCCUUUCGGAAUGGAGAAAAACUGCCCUAGUCAUGGCUUUGAAAAGAGGUCUUUCUCAACUCCAGCUACACGUGAUUUGACGAAAAGAAAGGUCCAGACUGUGGUUCUUUUGGAUGAAGAGGAUUUAGAACCUACACAGGACCUGGAGAAAGAACCGCACAAGGGGAUGACAGAAGCAAAGAUCUACUAUCCAUCAAGGGAUCACCCUGAUGCUGUUGAAAUUUGCUAUUCGGAUAUGGAAUGCCUGGCUCCUCGAUCUUAUUUAUCAUCACCAAUUAUGAAUUUCUACAUUCAGUAUCUUCAAAGGCCAGAGCUAGGGUUUCAGGGUGAUUACCAUUUUUUCAGCACAUAUUUCUAUAAGAAGCUUGAGGAAGCUGUGUCGCAUAAGAGAAGAACUGAUAAGAGGAUCUCAUUUGCAAAGCUUAGGAGGUGGUGGAAAGGGGUCAAUAUAUUUCAAAAGGCAUAUAUUUUCCUACCAGUACAUGCUGACCAGCAUUGGAGUUUAGUGAUUAUUUGCAUCCCUUCAAAGGAAGAUGAAUCAGGACCCUUUAUCCUUCAUUUGGAUUCCAUGGGACUUCACUUUAGCAUGGAAAUAUUUGAUAACAUUAAGAGCUUCCUAGUUGAAGAGUGGAACUACUUGAAGCAACGUGAUACUCCUCCUGAUAUUCCUAUCAUUGAUAAAAUAUGGAAACAGCUUCCUGGUAACAUUCAGCAGCGAAGAAUUGAGGUUCCUCAACAAAAGAAUGAAUAUGAUUGUGGGCUUUUUGUCCUUUACUUCAUUGAACGUUUCAUUGAAGAUGCACCUGAGAGGGUUAGGAAGAAAGAUCUUGCCAUGUUUGGUAGGAAGUGGUUCCGGCCGGAAGAAGCUUCAGAUUUGAGACUCCGAAUUCGAAAGUUGCUCUACGAAGAGUUUGAAGCGCAACACAGUGAUGAGAAAGAGCUCUCACCUUCUCCUAUGGAUGAUUCGGUUUAGAAACUUACAAGCAACAGUGUGCUGCUAAUUUUGUAUAUGAAACUUCUUGUUUCCUUAAUAUGGGCGAAGGUUGCUUGCAUCAAAACAUCAGCUUUGAAUCUUCAACAGGAAGGGAUUCGAUUUUUUUCUACAAAAAUGUCCUCGGAAAUAUGUGAAGUAAAGUUUUUUGUUUGCUCUUCUGUUUGUUGUAGAUGCUGGUUUGAUAUUGGAUUAUUGCUUAGGGGCUGACAAUUACAAGAAGCCCCAAGUUCGAUUCCUACUGCCUGAACUACCAUGAAAGGGUGCUGUUUCAAUACAAUACCACGCUCUCAUGGUUCCUCUUAAGUGGAGUUGUGCAUGAGCUUUUGCUUUCUUGUUUUCGGGGCCAUGGCAUGUAAAGAGGAAAAUACCCUAGUCCACCUUUUACGUACAGUGAAUUGGGGACCAUUUUCAGUGAAAGAUGAUGAUCAUUUAAUGUUGUUUGGAUGAUUAUUUAGUAUGAACGAAUUAUGGAAAAAUUAUGCAUGGGAAUUGGCAUGGGUAAGUUUGUUUA